CAAAAAAGGAACUAUUUUUUUCCUUUUUAACGGUAAACAUAGUGGGAAUACGAUUUUCUGUGUAUUACUGACGCGCAUGCGCUGUAGUGAUAUUGUAGGAAGUCACGGUUGGAGAGUUUCGGUGAAUAUUUGAAUUUUAAUUAACUCUUAACAGCAAAUUCUCGCUAGGAAUUAAGAAAUGGUUGUAUCUUAUURAUAAAUUCAUAUUUUAUCUUUUAUUUUCACCAACAUCAACACGGAAAAAAUUGUAAGUUCUGAGUUGAUUGCAAAUUUGAUUAAUUUUGAAUAAGAUUUAUGAAAAGAAACAACUAAGAAGUGUUCUUACAAAAUCUCACUCAUCUAAACUCCUUUUUGUCCUUUGUAUGAUAUUGCAGAUUUGUAAUUGAAUAUUUUCACGAAAUUAAAACAAAAGCAUUUGUUAAAAUGAUAAUUAUAUAGGAUCGUAAAUUGUURAAUAGAAAACUUGCUGUUUCGGUUCAUUGUAGUCGGAGUGAAUUUUAUGAAAAACAAUUUCCAUAAAUAAGAGAUUGAAGAUACUGAUUUCUUUAUUUUGUUUUGUGUUGAUUUCACCUUUUAUCAAUGUAUAAAUUUAUAAUAAUCGAGUCCUAUUUUAAGUUAACUUCAUCUAUACAAAAUAAUCAAUAUCGUUCGAUGUCYUUUUUUCAAAAUGGCUGUACUCAAGUACUCGAAACCUGUUCARCCGAUUUACCUUUUCACCUUAUUUAGCAAAGAWUCUUUGAAAAAGAUCUUGAGSCGAUUUUUUCAAUCAAGUGUACUUGUUCUUUAAUGGCUCGAUAACUCGCUAUUCCGCUGUCCGCCUUAUAAAAAUAUAGAUUAAACUUCUUAAAUUAAUUGAGGCUCAAGAACCUGCUAACAAGUUUUUCAAUGCUGUCAUUGAUUUACUGAAACAAAUUUAGUCACCACCAGAACUCAGCCAUGUGAUUGGCUCAAACUGAACAAUAUGACAGGUAGCAAAAAACACCUUUCUCGAAGAAUUUCGUGAUUCCGUAAUAAGAGAGACAUUCUCAUAACAAAAUUACAACGCUUUUUCUUUUCCACAUUGAAACUAAUGUUAGGGUGAGAGUCUAAAAAAAGACCGCCAUGUCGUGCCUCAAGGCCCUGGCAAGGAAGAAAUUUAUCGACCCGACAACGAUCGGAAAUACGGAACUAUCCCGAUGUCUGAACGUUCUUGACCUUACGGCUCUUGGGGUAGGAUCAACACUCGGUGCAGGGGUGUAUGUGGUCGCUGCCGAGAUAGCUCGUGAUGUUGCAGGCCCAGCUGCAAUUCUUUCUUUCCUAAUAGCUGGUAUAGCUUCUGUGUUAUCUGGUCUUUGCUAUGCAGAGUUUGGUGCCAGGGUACCCAAGACAGGAUCUGCAUAUAUCUACUGCUAUGUGACAAUUGGAGAAAUAAUGGCAUUUAUUAUCGGAUGGAAUUUAGUUCUAGAAUACAUGAUCGGUGCAGCGGCAAUAUCAAGGGCGUGGAGUGCGUACUUUGACUCGAUAUUAAAUGACCGAAUACGUAAUUACAUCGUGAAUAAUGUUGGCACAAUACAAGUUGGUGGACUUGGUAACUAUCCUGAUUUACUAGCGUUUUCGAUCUGUAUGUUGAUCACUUUAAUCCAGCUCACGGGAGUCAAGAAAUCAACACGAUUCAUCUGUGUUAUAACAUGUGUCAAUAUUGGUGUCAUCGCUGUUAUUAUUGGCGUUGGUGCUACUAUCGCUGAACCAAAGAACUGGGAUAGUUUUAUGCCGUACGGUACAUCGGGGGUAUUGGCCGGCUCUGCUACAGCAUUUUUCGCGUUUGUUGGCUUUGACGUGAUUGCUACGACUGGAGAAGAAGCCAAAAACCCAAGCAAAACCAUCCCAAUUGCAAUUGUGAUAUCUUUGUUAGUUUGUUUUUUUGCGUAUUUUGGAGUCACGGCGGCCAUAACCUUAAUAGUUCCUUAUAAUGAGUUGGAAUAUGGUGCUGCUCUCCCGAAAGCCUUUGCGCAACGCGGGGCUGGCUUUGCACAGUACGUCAUAGCCAUCGGMGCUCUCUGCGGWAUGACAGCUGCCAUUAAUGGCGGUCUUUUUCCAUUACCUCGUCUACUCUACGCCAUGUCAAGCGAUGGAUUGAUUUUUAAGAUCUUUUCUUACAUCAGUAAAAAGACCGAAGUACCUUUAGUGGGGACACUUUUCUCAGGGCUUCUCGCAGCAAUCCUUGCAAUGCUCUUUGAGCUCCAGGAGCUAGUUGAAAUGAUGUCCAUAGGCACACUUCAGGCGUACACCAUCGUGUCGACUUGCGUGUUGAUCCUUCGCUUCCAACCUGACUCUAUAGGAGUCACGGUAGACAAACAGCAGGACAAUGAUACCGAGGGCUCAGACAUCUCUGCGUUAAAACAGCCGACUGAAAAGUCAGGCAAUAUCGCGAAAUAUACAAUCGCAACACUUUUUGUUUAUUACUUUAUACUUAGCGCAUUUCUUAUUUACGGYAUAGUGUCUCUAAUGAACGGGGAGACCUGGGCAUGGGUCGUCAUGGUGGUCCUGGGUUUAGUUCUGUUGUCAGGAAUUGUAKUAAUAGUUCGUCAACCAGAAAGCAAAGUCAAGAUUCCUUUCAAAGUUCCUUUAGUUCCGUGGCUUCCUCUUGUUUCCAUGUUUGUCAAUAUUUAUCUUAUGAUGGAACUCAGUUCAGUCACGUGGGUUAGGUUCUGUAUUUGGAUGGUCAUUGGAAUGAGUAUAUAUUUCUUCUAUGGCAUCCAUCACAGUGUAGAAGGAGAACGUCAGAAAGAGCAGGGGAACUACAUUCCGUUAGAGCAGGUGGAYGCAGAUGACMGGAAAGAUGACCCUGYGGAUCCCCAAGACAUUCAAGAUGGCGCCGGUAAAACCGAGGAACAAGAAGAAGAUAAAAAGGAUGAGAAAUCGACUGAAUCAUCAUAAUAUAUAGAUAAUAAUUGUAUAAUAUUUAUGAUUAGAUUUAUUUAUUUUUCUCAUUUUUAGUUAUCAUGGAGUGGUUUUCAUAAAACCGUGAAACGAAAAUAAUAAAACAGAAAGAGAGUGUAAAUAUUCAUUUCACGCGUUGAUGAAAGGCAUUCUACGUCAUUUAAUCUCGUUCCCAGGUCCUUAUGUCUUUGUGUAGGUCAGGUGGGGUUAGAGUUUUAUGUUAGAUUAUACUAGUCGGCUAUUUAAAACUGAAAAUUUGUUUUGAAAGGGGGAGGGAUAGACUCAGAUAUCUGAGUGAAUGGUGGAGUUCUGCACCAUAUCUUUUUCAAUGAUAAGAUGUCCAUAUUUGUUUUCCAUGAAAACCGUUUCGUUUUCGUGCCGUUUUUGUGUAAUUAGCUCUACGCAAGGGAACAAAAAAACAAUGCAAAAACGCUUCGAAAAAACAUCUUGUUAAGGAGGGUUUGCGUAUAGCUGGAACGGCAUUCCGUAAGUACGUACGUACGUAGAAUCAGUGUCAAGGUUAUUGAUAGUCCGACAGCUAAGAAUCAUGGGAUAUAUAUUGAGGCAUGAUGGGAAUGUGUGGGAUAGGAAUAUAUUAUUUGUAUAUGAUAUUUUAGAUUGGAAAUCGGCUUAAAAUACACCGGAUAUGGGUUCGUUAUAUACAUGAAACUUGGGUUCACUAUCCAGUAUUACAACACAAGAUGUUUUGUGGGUUGGGACUUAGAGGUCGUGGGGUUUCUAAGCCAUUGAUGUACAUCCAUUGCAUAAUAUUUCCACUAACUCUUAUAAAUGAAAAAAUCCUGAGAAAUACUAGAAUCACUUCUAGAACAUCAAAAUUACUGUAAAAGUUAACAAUAUCUAUACGAACACCUAUCUAAGGGUGCAGCGUUGGUAAUUUCCACUAAAAAAAUAGCUUUGCUGACAUAGUAAUAAAUAUAUAUUGCUCGACUUUUACUGCUAGGAAAACAGGUAAUUGUGGCUAAUUAACGAUCGGACAUGUUGUAAAAUAAUACUAGGAGGGUGAAUUAUGAAAUAAAKAAAGAAUUAUCGCUACA